AUGGCAACGUCCAUGCCGAAACAGGAUGCAAAUGUUUUGGUGAGGGGGAGUUUGACUAGUGCCUACGAUUCGGAAGUGACGUGCAGCGAGCCUCUCGGCAUCAAACGGGACUCCAUCAACAUUCAGUUUGGCUUCACCAUAACCGAGGACACUAAAGGCGAGCCUGAGACUCCCAGCAUCUCCUUCCUAUCUCGAUCUUACAUUCAAGUAGACUUACACAAGACGGUUUUGAUAUCCGGUAUUGUUACCCAGGACAGUCCUCAGUCGGCGUCCCGGGUAACGCACUUCCGGGUGGCGUUCAGCACCGACUGCAUCACCUUCGCCAAUGUCACUGACAGACAUGGCGUUGCACAGGAAUAUUACGGAAAUGCGUUCUCUAAUACGACGACGACGGUGAUGUUCGAUCAUGUGUUCAACGCUAGAUGCGUGCGUGUCGUGCCGACACAACGUAUCGGAGAGGACACUGACAUGAGGUUUGAACUGCUCGGCUGCUCUCCCGACCAUUGCAAGGGCUUUAUCACACCACGCUCUACAGAGUUCCCCAGUCGAGAGCUUCGUAAGAUCAUGUUUGACAAGGAGAAGAUCAUUACGUCGAUGCGGAUCACCCUGACCAGUCCGGCUACCAAGCAGACGCCCGCGUUCAAGGUGGUCUAUGCAAGGGCAUGCAACUACGAAAUGGGUCAGUUCGUGAAGGAGAACGCCCAUCCGAAGCAUUUUAAGAUCCCGUUCGGUGAAAGCUCGCUAGCUUUAGAUGUACCGGGGCUCCCUAUCCGCUCCCAGUGUAUUGCCGUGCUCACCCACUGGGAGACCGGACACGACCAGAAGAGCGGCCAUCACAGAGCGGGGAAUCCAUUGUUUAAUAUGGAAACAGACGGGUAUCAAGUGACAUUCGAAGGCUGCAAUGCCUUGCCGCCUCAUGAACCAAUCGAUUCGUGUGGCAAUACCCACAUUGUGAAACAUGGCGUUAGGAAGCGCGUUGUAGGCGGCUCUUCGUUACUUCCGGGGGAGUGGCCGUGGCUGGUGUCCAUGCACUUCUUGAAAACGCCAAAAUACACGGAUCUUCCCUGGCAAUCCCAGAAUUGUGGAGCAUCACUUAUUCACCCGCAGUGGCUACUCACUGCCGCGCACUGCGUAAGUGAUGUUCUACAUGAAGGCUCAUCGGAUACAAAUAACUGGCGCGUGGUGCUCGGGGAGCACGUGCAGGGUCGAGAGGAAGGCACAGAGCAGAACCUGACUGUGGACAAGAUAGUCACACACCCCAUGUACAUGCAGGAGCCGGAGGAUACGUUGCGCAAUGAUAUCGCCCUGGUUAAGUUGAGCAGUCCCGCUCACAUGUCUGAGUACGUGAACACCAUCUGUAUCGAGCCCAAUUACACAGCGCCCGUACACAACUACUGUGUCACUGCGGGUUGGGGGCACUUAGUGGAAGGGUCAUUUUUUGCCGCGGAAAUGCCGCACCAUGCGAGUGUGCAGAUCGUUCCCACUUCCGUCUGCAUCGACCGCUACAAUCUUCCGGAGGGCGAUAAAUUAGCCAUCGAUGCCUCUGUAAUUUGCGCCGCCACUGAAGGCAGGGAUUCCUGUCAGGGCGACUCGGGCGGUCCGCUGGCGUGCUUCCAUGAUGGCCACUGGACCCAGGUGGGAGUGGUGGCUGGAGGCUUAGGAUGCGCCAACCCGCAGUACCCCGGGGUCUACACGCGCGUUAACUUCUACUACGAUUGGAUAGCGACUGUCAUCGAGGCCAACUGAGCCACAAAAUCUACACGAAUAUGUGCAACCAGGAUGCGAUAUAAAACCUAAUAUUGUUAAAUCACAACUGCUGGUGCAUUUGGAAGAUACCGUUCGAAAUGUUUGACAGUUAAAACUCAAGUGUAUAACCCUCUCUUAUAUUUAUACGUUGACGAAGAUCUGCUCGACUUUAAAGGGGCCGUUUAACAGAUUUUGGCAUGUAUUGAAGCUUGUCAUUAAAUGCUUUAUAUUGAUAAAUUAAAAAAAUUGACCUAAAAAUCUCCAGUAAAAAAACAACAAGAAUACAAUUUUAAAAAAGGAAAAAAGUAACCCACAACAGGACUCGAACCACUGACCCCUGGAGUCCUGGAGUAAAAAAUUUUCCGCCUAGAACACUCGACCAUCCAUGCUCAUGCUUACAGCAGAUGUAUUUUUACCUGUAUUAGCAAUCCUCGUAGUAUCCCAAAAUAUAAGGACAACAACAGAACCUACCAAAUUAUUCAAUCGUUACGCGUCGCACAACGCUUUAUAAUUAUUAGGUUUUCAUAUCGUCAAAAGAUGCAUAUAAUGGAUAUUUAAAAGAAUGUUAAAUGGUCAGUAUUACUAUUUCCUCAAAUUAUCUUAACUUAAACGAAAAUUUGCGAAUCUGAAACAACCUUUUUAAUUUUGUCAAAUUACCAAAACGUUAAAUGGCCCCUUUAAACAGUAGUUGAAUAUAAUGUAACCUUUUAAUACAUUGUUUAUCAACAUAUAUAAGAAACUUAAAUAAAGUCUUUAGUUAUCCUGUGAUUUCGCCGCACUUGUUCACUAAACGGAAUUUCGAUGCCCUCUUUCACUCUGAUAAUAUUACGCGACAUGUUAAAUCUCCGUAUAUUUGAAAUUAUAAAGAAGUUACAAAAAUUGAGUUCACGUCCAUUGCGGUUGUGUACAGCGUUCAUGAUAUGCAGAAUAUAUCACUGUCUGAGAAAAUGCUAUUCCCGAUUUAUAAAACAAUUCAUAAGCGUGGUUAAGAAAUAACUGGCUUUCGUAAUUUCUUCUAUCGACUCAUAUUACUAUGUAAUAGUUUGGGGUGUUAUAAUAGUACUUUUGUUUCGUGUACAUAUACUUUUAAUAAAAGCGUGUCAUAUUUUUGCAAUGAAAUGUUUGUACACUUUACUAUUAUACUAAAACUGAACGAUUAAGAUUAUCCUGUUAAAAUAGUAUUAAGAAUGUUCGAGAAACGCGUUCCAGAGGCCAACGAGCAAGAUUGCAACAUUUGAAUAUGAAAAAGCAAUAACAUACGUUUUAGUAUCAUUAGGUUUGUUUGAAAAUAAAACAAUACUUUGCAACUCAAAACUAAGAAUACAUAGUAUCCUGGGUAUACAAAUCUACAGAGUUUAUUUUUAGAUUUAUUUUAGUUUAUAGUAGUUUAUAAGAAAUUAUGAGCAUAUGAUUUGAAUGUUAAGAAACUUACUUAUUUGGC